UUCCCCUUGUUUUGACGUUCUUUCAUUUCAUUUUUCGUAAAACGAGAGGGGAUUUCUUAUUAACGACGGUACAACGAGCGCGAUUACGCUGCAUUUUAUCCGUUAAAUAUACAACAAAAGCAGUCAAACUGGAGGUCCUGCAGGUUACUAGAGAGGACGCCGAUAUGACGGCCGUGGCUAGGAGACAAGAACACGAAGAUUCCGGAGAAUAUUCGGACGCAUCGCAGGAUAUCGAGCACAAUAUCUCCGUGAACGAUGGUGGGCAGCAUGAGUCGGACUAUGACUCUCAAGGGAGUGACUCUGAGCACUCCGACCAGGAUUCCGAGAAUAAGGAAACGGAACGUCGAGUAGACGAUGACGAAGACCGAAGCAAUCCGCAAUACAUCCCCAAGAGGGGAACCUUCUACGAGCACGACGACCGAACUGCAGCUAGCGGUGAAGAAUCAAGCAACGCGACAUCGGAAGCGGCUUCAGAGAAGAAAGAAGGUACUGAGCCGCCGACCGAGCGACGUCGACCGCCGCGCAAGUCGGAGAUAGUAAACAAGUGGUCUCAUGACAAGUACAAUGAGAAUGAACAGAUGCCGAAGUCCCGUGACGAGCUGGUGGCUAUCUACGGCUACGACAUUCGAAACGAGGAUGCGCCUCCUCACGCGAGACGCAACAGACGAUAUGGUCGCGGUCCCAACAAGUACACCCGUACGUGGGAGGACGAGGAGGCGUACAGGCGCCAGUCCGCCGCGCAACAACUGCCGCGGAAACCACCCACCGCUGAGGACUUCCCGGAACUUGAUGGUCGCAGACAUGGCAAACCGCGUCCUCGCCCUCGCUCCAAGUCUCAGCCGUCUGCCAACGAGCCGGUUGAGAAUGGCGGUCAGCUUCGUCGCAACGCCUCAAUAAAAUCUACCAAGAAGCCGGCAGUGAAACAAGGGUCGGGUCGCAUUCCUGCCAAGCCUGCAAAUAAAACACCUAAUAAGAGAGAAGAGAAGAUGCCGGCCAUAGAAAACCUGACUAUCACUGCUAAUGUGAACAACAAUAAUAACAAUCAAGGUCAGGCCCCGCGCAAGGUGAACGCGACGGUAGCGCAGCAGAGACCGGUGCCCACUGACCAGGGAAGGAAGAAGCCUAACGCUAAUGCACAGCCCCAGCCGCACCCCAACCCCCCUCGCACGAAGUCUCCCCCCACUACGGCCCCGCCACAGUCCGCCCAACAACAGAAGACAAACAACCAACAACAACAGACCACUGCAGGCGGUGGUGGCAGUAAACGUUACAGUAGCUUGCGUCAGCGUCCACUAGCGGACUCGUACACUCCGCAACAACCACAGACGCAGCAACAGACUCAGCAACAGACGCAGCAACAAACGCCGCAACAAACUCAGCAACAAACUCAGCAACAGACACAGCAACCACCUCAUAGAUAUCACGCAGGUCCGGGCGAGUUCGUGGGCGGCAGUGCGCACGGCGCGGCACAGACUCACGCGCACCCGCAACACAUGAUGCACCAGCAGGUGCUGGUGGGGCGCGGGUCCCCCCCCGCGCACGCGCUGCCCCCCCCGCCGCCGCAUGCACAGCACGCACAACAGGUCCGCCUGGGUCUGCUGGAGCAGCCGCCGCUGGCGCCAGUCCCGCACCCACACCACAACAUGCAUAACUUGCCCGCCACACAUUCUAUGGGUCAAAUACAACCAGCACAAGGAUACGCCCCACCUGCCAUGAUGCCCGCUCAGUAUAUGCAACAAAGCAACAGUGGCGCAGUGUUCGGUGGUGCGAUGUUCCCGGCGGGCACUCACGCCCCGCCCCACGCCCCUCACGCCCCGCCUCACGCCACAUAUCAGCAUCAAAUGUACACGCCGCACCAUAAUUAUGCGGGCGGAGUGACGUACUACAACUGCGCGGAGCAGGAGGCGGCCCACAGCGCGCGCGCGCAGCGACGUCCCACCGCCGCCAUACCCAUCGUCAGCCCGCACCAUGCGGACAGCAGGCCAGCGAAUUCAUCUGAAAAGGACAACAUAGACAGGAUCGUGGAGAACAUGUUCGUGAGGAAACCCUGGCCAGCGACACAUGGGGCUGAUUCAAAAGAAAAACAGCCAGAAAAUCGCAGUUCUCAGGAGCCACAAAGCAAAGAGUCAUCCCAACCGAACAGUCUAACCUCCAGCUCAAUCUCCACCGACUCCAAACCUUCCGAAAGCAGAGAAGAGAAGGAGAAAGUGGAAGAAGUGAGAGAAGAAGAGAAGAAGGAGAAGAAAGAGUCAGUAGAGCCAGUUGUCCCACAAGAAAGUAUAGCGACAGAUGCCUGACUGGUAAGAAUUAAGUUGUAUGAAUGCUACCAAGCGAAGUACUACAGUAAAAGGUAAAUGUUUAUACACGAUCACGCUCUUAGGUAUUGGUCUUUAACCGACAAAGACGAACGACUUUUAACCUAAAUCAAUUACAUAUUUUUAGCAGUUCACUCAUGUUGCUGUUUGACAACGGAACUCAACUAAUUUCAAGCUACGCUUGGGGCUCAUAUUCAUAAGCAGCAUUUAGGUACAUUAUGUUAUGGGUUUUCAUACACCGGGAACAACAGAAUUCAGAUUAUAAAAAACUUGGAACAAAAAUCCUUGAACAAUUCUCAUUUAUUGACAAUAUAUUUUUAGCGUAUAAUCUUUAGGAGUAGGUAAAAAUAUUCUAAAAUCCGUUUAGAGUCAAUUCUAUGACUAAAACGAUUAAUCGAGUAAUAAUAAUUAAUCGAUAACUAAACGUCAUUCGAGUUGACUAAACUCAUAAUCAUUUACUAUAAGUAUAAAAUUAAGUCUUGUAAAUUUUAAUCGUAAUUAUAUAAUAGACAAAUUAUAUAAUUAAAAUUGUUAUACGCUAAGAAGUCUAUAGAAGUUGUUAAUUAAGGAUCAAAUUAUAAAAAAAUCAACUGAACAAUAGAAACCACAAAGUAUUUUUAUAACGUCAAUAAAAGCUACAGUUGCCAUCAGUAGAUAGCGCUAGUGUAGAUUGAGUUCUGAUUGACCAAUAGCGUCAAACUAUUAAUCAUUCAAUUUUUGACAGCUACAGUGAUUGGACAAUCAGAUCUUACUGCGUUAGCCAUUGUGAGUUUGAUUUAUGUUAACGCGAUGACGUUUAUAACGUCCGACUCUCUGAUUGGCCAGCUCCAAGUUAGCCAACCAAUCAGCGGGCUAAAUGCGUUACGAUCGCGUUAACGUAAAUGAAACUUGCAUUAAGGUGACAACGGUAGUCUCCGAUCUGUCGAUUACAGGCCAAUACCUAAAAUAUCUCAUCUUUAGGCCUAGCUUAUUGAAGUUAGGUAUCAAAAUAUGUAGUUAGUUAAAAGAUAUAUGAAGCGUGAUCGUCUAAAUAUCUAAAUUAAUGUAGUUUUUUCAAAUUAUGUACUACCACUUGGCUGUGUUUAGAUCUGUGCGGUUGUAAAAAUAAUCUAUGAAUAAAUUAGAACUCAACAAUUAUGUUUUAUGACUUACUAACUCUUUGACUAGGUAACUCAACUAGUUUCAAGCUACACUAGGGGCCCACAUUCAUGCUCCAUUGCGCGCCAACGUGAAGCUAGUCGAGUUACUGCAUCAGACAGUUACGUGAGUAAGAAGUAAAACAUAAUUAUAUAAUAAUAUUCAUUAAGAAAACUUACGGCUAGUCUCAAUAACCUUUUAUUAGUAGAUUUGGUAACUAUAGAUAUUUUAAUACAGGGUGUUAACGAACCGCUCCCGAAAUGCUGACAAAAGGAAAUUGUUUUAAAAAAUUCAAGCAGCAUAAUCGUUGGGCAGUUGAUUACAACUCGUCAUCAUCAUCGUCAUCAGCU